CUGCGAGCGUGUACUUGCGUGGCGUAAAUUUGUUGUUAGUUAGAGCUCAGAGUUAGAGUAUAGAUUUACUCGAAUUAUUAUUAAAAAUGAAUAUCUUAGAAACAUUACUGUUGUUGAUAGUAUCACUGCUAUGCAUUGCCUCAAUUGACUGCUACUUCAUCCACAUCGAUGCCAAAGGAGAGGAGUGUUUCUUUGAUAAAGUGAAGACAGGGACGAAAAUGGGUCUGACGUUUGAGGUGGCAGAAGGAGGCUUCCUGGAUAUAGACGUUAAAAUAACAGGACCGGAUGGAAAGGUAAUAUACACAGGAGAGCGAGAAUCCAAUGGCAAGUAUACCUUUGCGGCGCAUAUCGAUGGCACCUACGUUUACUGCUUUAGCAACGUAAUGUCGACCGUCACGCCAAAGAUUGUCAUGUUCUCGAUGGACGUUGAUGAGAAGAAAAUCAGCAGUGGAGAAGAUACAGGCGAACAGCACAAGAAGCUUGAGGACAUGGUGAACCAACUGUCCAGUUCUUUGGUCGGUGUCAAACAUGAGCAAGAGUACAUGGAAAUCCGAGAUCGCAUUCAUAGAUCCAUCAAUGAGAACACAAACUCCAGGGUUGUUUUAUGGUCGUUCUUCGAGGCUCUGGUGUUGGUGACGAUGACAGUUGGGCAGGUUUACUAUCUGAAGAGAUUCUUUGAGGUCCGAAGAGUCGUCUAAAGACUAGAUGUCAUACUACGUUAGCAAAACGACCUUGCGAUCUGAUGUCAGACAGCUAGAAGCCUCUUUCAGCAAUUCAAUGUCAUCAUGAGUUUCGUUCACCAGAUGGCAGCAGCAUAAGGGAUUGCUUAGCAUAUGGUAACCUUGGGCCUUGUGACUUCAGCUUUCUGCUAUUAGUUUAUCUCGUUUCCAACGGUCUUUUUGUUUAUGAUAAUAAGGUUAUGGUGCUGCCAUCUGAUGGAGUGCAUUUUACAUGUUCAUGUGUGUGGCUGGUGGGUGGGGUGCAUAUGUAAAGAUUUUGUAUUUGCACAUGAAUUUUUAAGGGGCGUUGUGAAAUGUGUGGUGCGUGUGUGUUAGUCUCAUCUUCUCAUUGUUAUCAUUUCACUUCAUUAUAUUUAAUGGUAAUUACUAAAUAUACACUUGUCUAUGAAAUUUUGGCAGUAAGUUGGUACACUAUAGAUCUUGUAGAUAAUUUUUUACUAUUACAGAUUGCAGUUGUUGGGAUUAAAAUGUGUACAUCUUUGUAAGUUAGAAAUAAAUGUUGGUAAACCAAGCUAUGUCAUCUGUCACAUUUCUAAUGAGGCUUAUCUUCUAUAAUGAAACAUUCUUAUUUCUUGGAGAUUAAGUGAAAAACUGAACUAAUGGUAUUUCAUAUUUGAUGACCAAUACAACUGCCAUACUGUACUUUUGUGGUUAGUUCUUUCUCUGCUUUUGAUAAAAAAAAAUCUCAUUAAUAUAUGUUUUAAAAAGUACGGCUUUGGCAAACAUGUAUUUGGAUCUAAUUAUGAAUUAAUAAAACCUACUUUGUUCAUAAUA